AUGUCUGUUGAUAACAUAAUGCUGCGACAGUCGAUAAAAAGAGGCUGGGGUCAUAUGAAGGCUGUUGAGGUGCAGCUUGAAUCCAAUACUUCAUUUGACAGUUCCAAUUCUGAAAACGACGAAUCAGUACCAAUGAACGACAAAGAAAUAGAGUCCCAUUCAGGGAACAGUCAUGACUCCUCUGAACUGGAAGACGGGCAUGAGGAUACUGGUGGUGAAGGGGAAAACUCAGAACUGGAGCCAGAGUCAGCAUGCAUCGAUCUCGAGAAAGGCGUCCUGCGUAUUCAAGAUCGUGAAGUCAAGUUCCUCUCAGAACAUGAACUCCCUGACAAAGCGCGCGACCUCACAGAGCAGGUCGACGCUGCCACAUUGGGCUCAGGAUCCGCCUCUUCUUCAUCUGGCGCCGCCCCACAUGCCAGCACAUCGUUAGCAACGUUGUUGGACAUGAAAACACAACUUACCAUUCUGCAGGCGCGAUGA